UUCGGUUUACAUUUUAGUUUGUGCAUUGGGCCAAUCCGGUUUAAAUUUCCAAUUAAAAAAACCGGGAAGAGUAAACAAAAAAAGGAAAAUCUCAUCUUUUUCCCUCGACGACAACCACCUUAGUUAGGGUUAGGUUUAUUUUCUCGCUUAUUCUCUCUCUCUAACUCUUUUCCCCUAUUCCGAUUUCGAUUUGUCUUCUCCGAUUCGCUUUUCAUUCGCUCUCUAGACUAUAAGGUUUUUGAUUUCUUCUUUCGAAUCGGAUCUGUACUUAAUCAUGGAUACUCGUAAGAGAGGACGGCCUGAAGUUGGCUCAUUCAACUCCAAUGGCGGCGGAUACAAGAAGUCUAAGCAAGAGAUGGAAUCAUAUUCAACUGGUUUAGGAAGCAAAUCGAAGCCAUGCACAAAAUUUUUCAGCACUUCUGGCUGUCCUUUUGGAGAGAAUUGUCAUUUCCUGCAUUAUGUUCCCGGAGGAUACAAUGCUGUAGCGCAGAUGACAAAUAUGGGACCACCCAUGCCUCAAGUUUCCAGAAACAUGCAAGGUUCUGGUAAUGGAGGCCGAUUCUCAGGGAGGGGGGAGUCUGGGCCUGGCCAUGUCUCUAGCUUUGGUGCCUCAGCCACUGCCAAAAUUAGUGUUGAUGCCUCUUUAGCCGGUGCAAUCAUUGGAAAAGGUGGAGUCAGUUCAAAGCAGAUAUGUCGUCAGACGGGGGCAAAGUUAUCAAUUCAAGAUCACGAGAGAGACCCAAACUUGAAGAACAUUGAGCUUGAAGGAACAUUUGAGCAGAUAAACGAAGCGAGUGCAAUGGUAAGAGAAUUGAUUGGGAGGCUUAAUUCAGCAGCUAAGAAACCACCUGGCGGUCUUGGUGGUGGUGGCAUGGGUUCUGAAGGGAAACCGCAUCCAGGGAGCAACUUUAAGACUAAGAUAUGUGAGAGAUACUCUAAAGGAAACUGUACAUUUGGUGAUAGAUGUCACUUUGCUCAUGGGGAAGCAGAGCUACGCAGGUCAAUCGCCUAGUUGUUGCUUGCAGGUGGAGAAUUUGCUGGCAAAACUAGUUACUUCUUUAGUGGUGGUGAUAUCUGAUAUCAUCUUCACCUACUUUGUUUUGUUGGUUAUGAGAGAAUACAAUGUUAGUUUCAUUAUCAUUUUAAGUUUUUUCUAUUUGGUGUUUUUUUUUUUUUUAUAGUUUAGUUUCGAGUUUGAAUUCAGAUGGGAGGCUUGAAGAGAAAUGAUUGACAAACUUAGAAACAGUGGUUAGGAUUGUAUGACGCCUUUUAUUCAUAUUCUUGUUGUCUCCGUUUAUGUCAUAUGUGAGUCACUUAUAUAAUUUUCAUAAGAUUUUCUGAA